UGUCGCACUCUAUUGAGGGCUGUCUCAAGCCCUCGGCCUGCUCUCUCACGAACAAGACCCUCAUGUAUAACACAGCUCCCUCGCCGUACAUUGGUCUCGGCCGCCGAGUUGCAGUUCGGCCAGCCUCUGCAUGAGACACACCCGCAUCUUAUUGCGCCGGGCGAUUGUAACUCUUCCUGCGAAUCAAAUCCUCUUGAUAGCCACACGCUUACUCUUCCUCAACAUANNGUGACUCCUGGAAUCUCUGCUCUCGAGUACCACCAACGCCGCGCAAACCUCGCCAAAGCCCUCCCCAAGAACAGUAUCGCCGUCCUCGCUUCAUCCGAUAUCAAAUACCGCUCCGGUGCUGUCUUCUACGAAUUUCACCAAGAACCGAACUUCUUCUACUUGACUGGCUUCAACGAGCCAGAAGCACUCGCUGUCAUUGGUGGGGGUGAAUCUGACGUCGAAUAUACCUUCCACCUCUUUGUCCGACCCAAGGACAUCAAAGCCGAACAAUGGGAUGGUGCUCGAAGUGACAUCAAUCGUUGCCAUACUAUUCUUCCGGACAUCAUCGGCCGCGCCAAAGAAGUUUACACCGAUCUGCUCGGCACUACAACCAAAUCCGCCUUUAAGAGAUACUUCUCGAGUCUGAAGAAAGUCCCUUCGGAAGGCUUCGGCAAGUUGUUGCAGGAGAACAAUGUUAGGCCACUGAGACCCAUCAUGAACAACCUUCGUGUCAAGAAGACUGAAGCCGAGAUCCUGAACAUGAGAAAGGCUGGCCAGGUGUCUGGGCGAGCAUUCACCGAGACCAUGAAGACACCCAUGAGCACUGAGAAGGAUCUCUGGACCAUGCUCGACACAGGUUUCAAGAUUGGCGGUCUAGACGGCUCUGCCUACGUGCCCGUUGUUGCUGGCGGCAAGNAAGGCGAGCUUGUCCUGGUUGAUGCUGGAGGCGAGUAUGGCGGCUACAUCACCGACAUUACACGCACAUGGCCAGUCAACGGCAAGUUCACAAAUCCGCAAAGAGACCUAUAUGAGAUGAUUCUCAAGGUGCAGCGAAGCGUUGUAUCGCUUUGUCGCGAGGAUGCAAAUCUCUCGCUUGACAAGCUUCAUCGCAUCACUGAGGACGGAUUGCGCGACGGGCUCAAGUCUCUAGGCUUCAACAUGGAAGGCAAUAUAUUGUUCCCUCAUCAUGUUGGGCACUUUAUUGGUCUGGAUGUUCAUGAUGCUCCUGGGCAUCCCAGAACAGGACGUCUGACAGCAGGAGAGUGUAUUACAAUUGAACCAUGGCCCAAGCACUUCCAAGGAUUGGCAAUCCGAAUCGAAGACAGUGUGUGCAUAACAGAAGAGCAUCCUUAUGUGUUGACAACAGAGGCAGUAAAGGAGGUUGUUGAUAUCGAAGCGCUCAGGCGU